GCUGUGGCCUGUCCUUGGCAGUUAUGAACCUGCCUGGACUUGUUCUGAUGUGACUAAAGCUCUGAGUGAUGUCAUCUGGCAUAGCUGCAUGUAAUGGGCAUGUGAAGGCUGCUACUAUUUUUAAUCUCUUUGCCUUUCCUUUAGCAACAUCAGUAUGCUAAGCAAUGCAGAUGUGAAAACUGUUUGGGGAAGCACUGACCAAAUAAAACAAGACAUGGGCAUUGCAAUUCAAUUGUGUUUUGAUCCAGAGCUUCUGCAUGGAAAAAUACAUAUCUACUCAAAUAAAGGUGGCUUGCCAAAGAGUGAAAUGGGUCGUCAUGCUUGGAGGCUCUCUAGUAGUCUGCUCUUCAUUAAUGGGCUUCAUAACUAAAAAUGGCAUUAAUGCAGGAUGGUUUUAUUGGAUGGAUACAGAAUAUAAACCUUAGCUACUUGCCUUGUGACGAUCCUUUUGAAUGGAGGGGAGAUAAUGAGCAGACACCAAACUGUAGCUCUUUAUUGGUUAAAGAUAUCAAAUACAUUGAAGUAGUUAAUGUAAAAUCCAUUAGAACUGUGGUGGCGCAGGGGUUAGAAUGCAGUACUGCAGGCUACUUCUGCUGAUUACUGGCUGCACAGCAGUUUGGCAGUUCGAUCCUGACCGGCUCAAGGUUAACUCAGCCUUCCAUCCUUCCAAGGAAACAUGCCUCUUUCUGAGAGUAAAAUCCUUCAGCCUUCCUGCAGCAGGAAACUAUGCAGAAAUCUCUUUGGACCAGUUGAUCAUGAACAGCUCCAGAAGGACUUUCAGUCCUUGAUGAAGGUCCAGCUGGAAGAAGCCCAGCAAAAGUGGAACUUUGACUUUGAAACAGAAACCCCACUGGAAGGGAAUUUCAAAUGGGAAAAGGUCUCUCAUCUAAAUAUGCUGCCAUCUCCAGAUCUCUUGGGUCACACAAAGGAGAACAGCUGUACAGGGGAAAAGAGCCGGAGUCCUCCAGCACUCUUCAAGAGGCACACAAAGACAGAGAGACCAGUGCAGGUGGACCUUGAAGCUUGUAAGGCUGAUUCCCCCAGAUGUUUGAAAAGAAAGCAGACAAGUAUCAAAGACUUUUAUGGUUCAAAGCGACGAACAAGCCCAUAUAAGCCAAAGCCAUGAUAACAACACUGCAAGCAAAGUCCAUCCAUGUAGUCUGUUGAUGAAGAUUUUGACCUGUCUUUAUUAUUAUUAGCUGGAAUGACCUACUUGCGUACCACACCCAGUGAACUCAUGCAGGAUGGCUAUUUUGAAGGACCAGCUAAUCAGCAUUACAGUUCCUUCUCUGAAGAGCCAGAAAUCUCUUAUUUUAUGUAAACUUCUUUUAGUGGACUAGUACAACACUUCAGAAGGAUAUAAUUUUUUUUUUUUUAUCAUUGAUAGCACUGGAUUCUUAUGUGCAAUGAAAUAUUGUAAAAUCUUACCUUUAAAUAUGCUUGUUGCAGCAGGAGGAAUCAUAUCUAAAGGGCCAAGUGUGUAGGGGGCCAUUGUCUGUUUUAUGUGUCAUUUACUUGUCACCUUUUAUGGGCCUCAGGAAAAGCUUGAUAUGAUGACUCAUUAUAUGCGGGUGCAGGUCUAGGAAUCAACAGAAGUAUAGGAUAAUAUCUUAGACUUUGAUCUUCCUACAACUUUUACUCUAUUGUGUUUAAACAAAUUUUGUGAGGAGGAAAAGAAUGGAUUGGGUUUUUUUUUCCCAGGCUAAGGGAUUUUCUUAAAGAUGAAGAAUCUAUGGUUAUGAUGGGUUCGAGUGUGCAUUAAACCGUAACACUGCUGUGAAGAGGGUAGGGUUGGAAAUAUUGUAAAUAUUGUAGCCUUUAUCAGUUAUUUUUCUGGGUAAUUUAUAUGUCCUUUUGUUAUAUAACUGUACAGGAAUACAUGAUAUAAUUGUCUCCCAAUAACACAAAAAACAGAAGAUACAACACAUAAUAUUUGUGGGAGGGACAGGUAUAAUCAGUGGUGGAAUUCAAUUUUUUUUACUAUUGGUUAUGUAGGCGUGGGUUGGUGGGUGUGGUGUGGCUUGGUGGGUAUGGCAGGGGAAGGAUACUGCAAAAUCUCCAUUCCCACCCCACUCCAAGGGAAAGAUACUGCAAAAUCCCCAUUCCCUCCCCACUCCUGGGGGGAAGGAUAUUGCAAAAUCUCCAUUCCCACCCUACUCUGGGGCCAGCCAGAGGUAGUAUUUGCCAGUUGUCCGAACUACUCAAAAUUUCCGCUACCGGUUCUCCAGAACCUGUCAGAACCUGCUGAAUAGCACCCCUGGGUAUAAUCAUAAAAUCUGGCAUACUUCACUACUGUCUUACUUGCUUCUUCCAUACAGUAUGUUCUUUGCCACCUUAAUUAGCUAUUGAAUCUUCUUUAAUGCAGACCAUUUGUAAUUAUGUAGCACUGUAGUGAUUAGUGAGGCAAAAUAGUGUGUGCCAGCAAGGGUUGAUGUAGCAUAAUCUUUGACUUUCUGUUGCCUUAUUUCACUGCUAUAGCAACUUAGUGAUAGAGGCUGAUAUAAGGACUCAGACUUGCUUUCUCUAAUUCCUAUAGCUGCCUGUGUGUUCUCCAAGUGACUUUAAAUAAGAGUCAUUGUCAAACUGGCAAUUGUAUCACUUAAAUUAAUAUGAGAUAAUCUAAUUUACCGAUUACUUUUGCUUGGAAUUUGGGGCUAUUAUAAAUACUUGCUGUUGCACUUUCCUAUCAAAUAAUCCUGGGUACAGUGUGCUACUAUAAUCAAAAGUUCAGGCCUUAUUAUAUUAUAAUCAAAACUUUGGAACCCAUCUUAAUGGCAAAUUUGCUUGCAUAUGCAAUGGCUUUAUUGCAGUCUCCUUGUAAUAAGUUAGGGACAAGGGUCCCUUGUCAGAAUUUUGCUACUAUAGUAUAACAUGUGGUGUUUGUGGGAAAUCGCUUCUUUUAUCAGGUCAUCUGCAGCUUGCAAACAUUCAGUUCUAAGUCCUAACCAUGAAAGAGACGCUUGCUUGCUUGAUUUUGGAGAUUCAUGUUGGUUCAUGCCAUCUGCACAAGGGCCAACCUAUCAGAAAAACAGCUUCAGGCACUUUUAUAUAAUAAAUUUCCUUAGGGUCUUCUGAAGUUUUUGGUUAGAAUUUCUAUAGACACAUCUGGCCACUUUGAGAGUUGCACUUUUACAUUCAGGAUAAUGCUGGGAUUCUUGAGCAUUAAUCCAGUUGUGAAUAUAAUGCUGCUGAACUAAGUCUGGGAGUAAAAUAAAGCCACUUCAUAAUGGAA